CCGCAAUGGAUCAGGACGAGGCGCUGACCGCCGUGGACAAUGUCGUCACUCAGUUCAACACCUAUGAAGAUUUUCUCGACUCGCAGAUCACUACGGUGGACUUGUACUACCUGGAGGACGAAAGCCUGGCUCGCCAGUUGGUGGAGCUAGGCUACAGAGGAAUGGGGGAGAUUGUGAAGAGAGAAGAUUUCGAAGCAAGGAAGGCAGCCAUAGAGGUCGCACGGCUGGCUGAAAGAACCCAGAAGAAGAUACUGACUAGUGCUGGGAAAGAGCUGCAGGAUAAUUUUCUGAAGGCUCUGGCCAUGAGAGAAGAAGACAAUCGCAAUGGAAAAGUGAGCUCUGUAAUCUUCAUUCGUGAUAAAAAUCCUCAUGGACAAGAAAUAUCAGGAUAUAUUGACUAUGCUGCCAGAUUGAAGAAUGAAGAUUUUGAAGUAUACUUUAACGGGAAAAAAAAACUUCUUCCAAGGCCCUCAGACAUGAGCUUUUACAACUGGGACAGUCAUAUUGCCGUUUGCAAUUCAAGCCCUAAUUACCAAGUGAUUGCCGACAAUCCAGAAGGUCUACUUUUCAAAUAUAAAAGAGACAGAAAAAUUCUCAAUGUGGAUCCAAAGGCUCAACCUGGUGACAACUCUACUAGGAUCCCCAUCGAGACAGAACUCUACAUUCAAGCUGUCAUUUUUGAUCAUAUUUCCAGAAGGAAGACUUAAGCACCAUCAUAUUAGGAGGUUUCCUUACUGUUUGCUAAUUUUAAAUGAAUUUUGUGAUCAGAAGCAAAUUGGAAUCAUAAAUAAACCCUGUAGUUAGAAAGCAAAUUACAAUAAUAAAA